AAUCAUGGUCAGCAAUAACUAUCUUUAUCUGGCAGUGGCACACACCUCUACAUAACCAAAAAAAAUUCCCUGUUUUCUUCUUUGCUUGAAAAUUUUCCACUUUGAAGAAGCUGCAAGCUAGCUCUAUAUUCUCUUUCAGUUAAAGUAUAGUUGAAAAUUCAUAGUUAAGAAUCUAGAAAGUCAUAAACUUGUGAUGGAACAAGAAGAAAAAAACAUGAAAGACAACAAAACGACAAAAAACGAGGUUGUUCUUCGAAUUUCCAACAACGAAGAAAACAGUGAUUUUGGUGGUACCCAUUUUGCUGAAACUAGUUCCUACUCUCCUCAGUUCAUUUCCAAGACGGGUUCAUCUCCAUCUCCAAAAGGAUCACAUGCAGAAGCAGAACUCAUGGAGCUUGAGAAUCUCAGAAGAAGCAAUGUUCAAGUUCCUACAACAAGCACUUUCUUGGCUAGGUCUGAAUUUUCAAAGCCAAAGUCAAGAAUGGUUGAGCCACCAUUUCCAAAAGAUGCAACCUUUGGUGAAGAAAAGACUCAAAUGAAGAAGGUUGCAGUUGGUUCUCCAAGGGAUGUUCAUGAUGGAAGUGGAACUGUUGUUACUCCAAGGACACCUUUGAUUGCUACUCCAAGAGGGAAGGAAGAAGAUGAAGAAGAUGAUGAUGAUGAUGAUGAAGAAGUGUACAAGACUGCAGAAGUUGAAGUGAGUAAGAGAUCUGGUAAGAAAAAGAGGAAACUUUGGAGUUGGAUUGAGUUGUUUGCUUUUGUUUGCAUUUUAGGGUUUUUGAUUGCAACCUUAUUGGUUCAUAGGUUGCAACAUAAGGAAAUUUGGAGUUUGGAACUUUGGAAAUGGUGUGUGCUUACAUUGGUAAUUAUCUCUGGUAGAUUAGUCACUAGUUGGUUUAUCAGUGUUCUGGUUUUCUUAAUUGAAAGAAACUUUCUGUUUAAGAAGAAAGUUUUGUAUUUUGUUUAUGGUGUUAGGAAGAGUGUUCAAGCUUUUAUAUGGUUUAGUUUGGUACUUUUGGCAUGGAGUUUAAUUUUCCACAAUGGAGUUAAGAGAACAAGAAAAGUUAUUAGGGUUCUCGAUUACAUCACAAGGGCACUUGGUUCUUGUGUUAUUGCAUCGGCUAUAUGGUUGGCGAAAACAUUGUUGAUUAAGCUGCUGUCUUCACAUUUUCAAUCAUCUAGAUUUUUCGAUAGGGUUCAAGAAUCAAUUUUUCAUCAGUACAUUCUUAGGACUCUUUCUGGUCCUCCUUUGAUGGAGAUGGCGGUAGGUAAGAGUUCGAGUGGAGGCCGACUCAGUUUCAAGACGUUGAUUAGAGAUAAUGAGAAGAAAGGGAAGAAAGAACAAGAACAAGUCAUUGAUGUGGACAAGCUCAAGAAAAUGAAACAAGAGAAGGUUUCGGCUUGGACUAUGAAAGGAUUGAUUAAUGUGAUCAGGAGUUCUGGAUUGUCUACCAUUAGCUAUACACCAGAGAGCAUCUAUGAAGAUGUGAGUGACAACAAAGAUAAUGAAAUUACUAGUGAAUGGGAAGCGAAGGCGGCUGCGUUUCGAAUUUUCAGGAAUGUUGCUAAGCCAGGAAGCAAGUGCAUUGAGAAGGAAGAUCUGUGGCGCUUCAUGAGAAUUGAAGAAGUAGAAAAUUUGCUUCCACUUUUUGAAGGAGCAGUUGAGACUGGAAGAAUUAAGAGAAAGUCUCUUAAGAACUGGCUGGUGAAAGUCUACCUAGAGCGUCGAUCACUUGUGCAUUCACUAAAUGAUGCCAAAACAGCUGUUGAUGAAUUGAAUAACCUUGCUUCUGCAAUUGUCCUUGUUUUGUCCAUUAUUGUGUGGCUGCUUGUUAUGGGACUCUUAACAACUCAAGUUCUUGUCUUCAUAUCAUCACAGCUUUUACUUGUUGUGUUUGUGUUUGGCAACACAGCUAAGACUGUAUUUGAAGCUAUUAUAUUUGUUUUUGUGAUGCAUCCGUUCGAUGUCGGUGAUCGUUGUGUCAUUGAUGGUGUUCAGAUGAUUGUUGAAGAGAUGAACAUAUUGACUACAAUCUUUUUGAGAUACGACAAUGAAAAGAUAUUCUAUCCAAAUUCAGUUCUUGCAACUAAGCCAAUCAGUAACUUCUACCGGAGUCCCGAAAUGAGCGAUUCUGUUGAAUUUGCUGUUGAUGUUUCUACUUCAAUAGAAAAUAUUGGAGCCUUGAAGACUAGAUUAAAAGCAUACUUGGAGAGUAGGCCUCAACACUGGCGUCCGAACCACAACGUAAUCGUUAAGGAUAUCGAGAAUGUAAACAAGAUGAAAAUGGCUCUAUAUGUUAAUCACACCAUAAACUUUCAGAAUUAUACCGAUAAGAGCAGCAGAAGAUCUGAAUUAGUCCUGGAGUUGAAGAAAACCUUUGAAGAUCUUGAUAUUAAAUACCAUCUUCUGCCGCAAGAAGUUCAUCUCGACCGCCAAGGAAAUGUUAGCGACGAGAAACAGAGAAAUAAAGGAAGGAGUUGUUAGACAUAGUUGGAUAUUAAUUAGAAUUAGUUUAAUGUAGUUUAAGGUGGUUAGAAGUUAGUUGUGAUUAGUUGUUAGUUGGUUAUAUUAGUUAUACUUUAGUAUUACCAAAAUUAGCUAACUUAUGAGCAAUUUGAUUAGCUUCAUGCCUUUCAUAAUCAUGUAUUGCAUUGCUAAAAACUGAUAUAAAAGAGGAUAAAAAUGCUUAAUGCAGUCCUUAAACAAGAUAAUUUCUUUUUCA